GGAGAUGCGGAGGAGGAAGGAAGUCCCUUUAGAAAUUCAUGCUAGAGGUCCUGUGGCGGUUAAGGCCUAUAACGACGCCCUCAAAGACGGAGAGGCAUCUGUAAACAGAAUACCAGUAAUCUUGGUCGGACAAGAGCGAACAGGAAAAACUAGUCUAAAGAGAUCUUUAAAAGGAGAGCUUUUCGACAAAUUUGAAGAAAGUACGGAUGGAAUUCAGGCAGAUACUGGAUAUUUCAAAGUCUCUAAAGAAAUUUGGAAGACCGGGAAAAAAAUUGAAGAUGCGGGUCCUGAAUCAAGUAUCUCGUUUGAAAACCUUGCAGCAGCUAAGUUGAUUCUUGAACGGUUAAGGCGAGAAAAUUUGAGUUCACAGGAUGUUCCACAACAAAGUAAAAACGCCACUCAUCUCGAUACCGAAAAAACCAGCAGAGAUACGGCAUCAUCUACUUCGAGUCAGCCAAAUGGAAACGAUGACAGUCCCUUACACAUGCCAGAAAUACCUGAAGAAGUACUUCAUGAGCUAACCAAACUGCUACAGAGGGAGAGAGAUGUUUCCGACAUUAAUGAUAUCUAUUCAAUCUUGUGGGACUUUGCUGGGCAAUCAGUCUACUACGACACCCAUCCAAUUUUCCUGAUUGAGAAUGCUAUCUAUCUUUUGGUAGCCAAUCUGAGCCAUAAUCCUGAAGAGAAGGCAACUCCACCUGUGAAGAAAGGAUUGUACAGUAAUAUCGUAGACUCUCACAGCAACAAAACAAACCUUGACUUCCUUGACUUUUGGAUGUCAUCAAUUUUUUCACUGGCGAGCCCAGAAUCCAGCUGCUCAGAUUCAGCCACAAAUGGUCAAGAAAAUUUACCCGGAAGACUUCCCCCAGUGUUUUUGGUUUGCACCCAUGCCGACAAGCCCUUCUACAGGACUAAGGCUAGAGAUCAAGCGCUUGAAAUAUAUGGGUUUUUACGAAGCAAAGCAUACAGGGAGCACCUUUUCAAGGACGUUUUCGCCGUGGAUAAUACCAAAUCAGGAGGUGACCACGAGUGCCUAGAGGUCGUGCGCCUGAGAGAGAAAGUACUUGCUGUAGCAAAGGAGUUCCCACUGAUGAAAACAAAAAUACCAUUGAGGUGGUUGAAGUAUGAAAACUUGCUUCACAUCCGUAUGGAGCAUGACAAGUGGAUACCGCUGAAUGAAGCCAGGCGCAUUGCAUUUGACGAGUGCAUUAUUCAUAACGAGGCAGAAUUCUCGACCUUGUUGAAUUUCCUGCAUGAUCAGAGAAUUGUUGUUCAUUUCAGUGGCUCCCCAGAGCUGGAGAGGAUGGUGAUCUUAGAUCCCCAGUGGCUUGUCGACGUUCUCAAGAAGAUUAUCACUGUAAAGCGGUAUGAACACUCUGAAAAACAAGUAGAGUCCAUGUGGUUAAAGCUUGAAGACACAGGGGUCUUAGAUGAAAGGCUUAUCGACCAUGCAUGGAGAGACUUGUUUGACAACCAAGAAUCCCGCGACAGCCUCAUUGCAAUCUUGGAAAGAUUGAGUCUUCUUUGUUCUUGGCCGUCCGCUGAUUCUAACAAGCAAUAUCUUGUGCCAUCCAUGUUGAUGUCACCCCCAACGAAGGAUGUCCUGAGGCUUCUCGCCUCCGCAAAAAUGCCAUCACUUUUUAUCACAUUCGCGUCAGGUCGAGUGCCCCCUGGUCUCUUCUCCCGACUUAUCCUUCUUUUCCUCCAAUGGUGCAAAGAAGAAUGGAAGAGCGAAGUGAGCCCACAGUUGUUUCAUAAUUUUGCCAUGUUUUAUAUUCUUCCAGGCCAAGGUGUGUCCUUGAUUUUUCUGUGCCAUUCCUCGUCGAUCGAAAUCGUCGUUUACAGUGGAGACAUCGACAACGAGACAGGAGCAAAGUCUUCUUAUGAAAACUAUGACCAAACUCUAGGCCGUGCUAUUCACUGGAAAUUGAGAUUGGUACUGGAAUGCAUGCGCAAAGAGUUCCACUGGCUCAAGAACGUGAAUUACGAUAUGUGUGUCUGCUGCCCAGUAUGUUCUCAAGCAGGCUCUAUCAAAUGUCGCGCUCAUGACGUGUAUGGAUGUGAGUGUCUACACUUCUUGUCAGAAUCUGAUUUGAGACAGCGUCAAUAUUGUGACAGACCAGGACGCAGCCUUACUGGGGAUCGCAGGAUUCGGGUCAACCAGUUUGAAUGUUGGUUCUCAUUCGAAGACGUAGAGAAAAGUGCUGGAAUUUCAACGAAUCGGCAGCCGCAAGCUUUUAAUGCAUCAGGACCUGAAAGUUCUUUCGAUGAAGAAGGCAUAUUUCCCUUGGAAGGAACGACGCGGAAAGAACUUGCGCUGCCAGAGAAUGUCAAAAGUUCCAUUCAGUCCAUUUCAUUCCGUUCAACAAGUGAUGUUAAGGAUAUUGUGAUUCAGUUUCAAGAAACUCUGCAUUUGGAACCGGCAUCUUUGACCAGUCCAGAGCCCGAGACGAAAAGUAUGAUUCGUGGCCUUGCUUUGAGAGCAAAAUCUGAGAAAAGGGAUGACUUGGUGAGACACUUACGAAAGAUUACACCUGCUGGUACUACUGGGCCGUUGUUGAAUGAGGAUCUGCCGAUUGGUUGCAUGCCUUAUAAACAAUACAAGGAUUUGACGUUCAGCCUCUCGGGUGGAGACGAGUGGAAACUUCUAGCUGAAAGGUUGGGUUUCUCUCAAAUCGAGAUUCGCUUUUUAGACAAGAGAGUUAUGAAUCCUUCUGACGUUGUUCUUGGCGCUGUGGGAAAGCAUCGCCACUUAAGUGUUGGAGAAAUCUAUGACACAUUAGUCGACUGCGAGCUACCAGCUGUUGCAGAUCUAAUGUAAUUAAAUUAGAAUAUGAACACCGGACGAAGGUGAGCGAGACAGCAAGAAGCAGAAUCGAAAAGCAAGGUAGUGACCGACGAAUUACUAACAAAAUAUAUAUGGAAUAAUGUAUUUCCUGAAUUUUUAAUCGAUGUGUCAGAGCUUUGGUCUGUUUUAGGCAGCAUUUUAGCAGUUUUUAUAGUCACUUGCAAUCGCACUUUUAUAAAGUAAAAAAAAAAAAAUUUAUAUGUAGUAUUCAAAGAUAAGCUUUCGCUCUUCUAGUGAUCAGACAACAGGUUUUCUUUCUUAGCUUUUUUAUUGGGAUGUUAUCCUAGUUUUUUUUCUUUGAUAUCUGAAUAGUUCUUUUUAUUAAUUUCCAUAUAAAACGUUUGUUACAUUACAAACAAUAGUAUCAAGCCUAAAAGCAGAGCUCCAGUUCUUUUUUUUUUCUGCCUUCUUUUAUUAUUUACGUAGAGGGGUUGGUUGGGGUAGUGUAUGGGGAAAAAAUUGGUAAUCCAGGUAAUUUUGUAGCAGUUAGAGGGUGGGGAUUCUUCGUUUGCUAAAUAUAUAAUAUACACUAGUUUCCUGAGGGACCAGACAUUAGGUGCUUUCAAUCAAAUGACAAAAACAAACAAACCAAGACGGCAC